AUGGGUGCCGCUGGUGGUGGAUGGUCCAACGAAGCCAUCAAACGUGUUCCUCCUCCAGCCAAGAGAAUGUAUAUAUGGCUCGCCGCAAUUUGGGCAUCAUACAGUGGAGGCCUCCAUGGCUUCAACACUGCCAACAUUUCGGGGACCAUGAGUCUGAAACCUUUCGUGCGUGACUUUGGCUGGGGAGACCUCUCAGACGCAACAGUCUCGAACUAUGAGGGCUGGGUCGUUUCUUCGAUGCUUCUGGGACAAACAGUUGGUGUUCUCAUAGCCGGUCCUUUGGGAGAGCGUCGUGGCCGCAAGUCCGUCAUCAUGCUCUCUGCUAUUCUCUACACCAUCGGGGCCAUCUUGAUGGCUGCAAACUUUGGAUCCUUGGCUGAACUUCUGGUUGGAAGAAUCUUCUCUGGUCUUGGAUCAGGGGCCGGAAUGGUGGUUGGUCCCAUUUAUAUCUCUGAGAUCGCCCCUACUGAGAUGCGUGGUAUGAUGACCACCUUUUACAACAUCAACAUCAUGGCUGGAGUUGCUGGCAGCUACUGGAUCAACUUCGGCUCCCUUGAACAGAUCUCUGCCACAGAUAGCUGGCAAUGGCGGACUACCCUAGUUCUCCAGAUGAUACCAUCGGCUUUUCUUUUCAUUGGCUAUGCGUUUUUUCCAGAAAGUCCACGUUAUCUGAUGAUGCGAGGCAGACCGAGCGCAGCUCAUCACAGUUUGUCUCGUCUCCGAGGACUGGAUGAUAGCAGCCCAUACUUCGAGCGCGAGUUUGAUGAGCUGAAAAGUCGAUUUGACGCCAACGCCGACAGUCAGAGUGCACUUCAGUCCGUGAAGUCUCUACUGGGCUCCUGUAUCACCGACCCCCCCUACCCGGAAGUUGCUCCUCAACGCCUUCUGUUCUCGGCGGUUUAUGGUAUGAUCAAAGUUGCCAGUGUCUUUUUCUAUGCGUUCGUCUUGACCGACCGCUUCGGUCGUCGACCUCUCCUGCUCAUCGGAUCGACCAUCAAUGUCAUUUGUCUGUGCUAUCUGGCCGUCUAUCUUGGUGUUGCCGAUAUUUCAGGGUCAACCGAUCCCUCGGCAGCUGCCUGGGUUGCCAUUGUUGCAAUCUGUUUCUUCGCGGUCGGCUAUGGAUUUGGCUGGGCGCCUGCUUUCUCCCUGACAGCUUCAGAGAUUUGCCCUACGCCCAUUCGAGGCACUGUGGUGACUAUCGCAUUUGUAUACCAGAAUCUCCUGAAUUUCGCUAUCACGCGUGGAUUCCCAAACAUGACAGCUGAUAUGCACGCUUGGGGGCCUUUCGCGCUCUUUACGGCGUUCACUUUUCUCGCCACCUGCUGGGUCUUUGUUGCGUUCCCUGAAUGCAAGGGACGGAGUAUGGAGAGUGCAGAUACACUUUUCUCAAUGCCCUGGUACAAAAUUGGGUUCUCAAAGGUUCCUGAGGUUAGUGAAAUUCCGACAAGCGCCGAUUUGGAAAAGGCCACAUCCAGUGAGCACGAGGAGCACAUUAGUACGGAGGAUCACAAGCUACGGAAAGAGUCUGAUUGA